GAUUAUAUGCAGCUUCAGAUAAACCACCAUCAUACCAAGAGCAAGUAUUUAGUGAAAUUGCUGCAAAAUUGGUACAAAUCAUAUAUUUGACACCAGAAAAAUUUGUAGCCAAUAAAAGUUUUCAAAAUAUGCUAAAAACAAUAUCAAUGACUUCAAAGGUUCAAUUUGUUAUUGAUGGGCCCAUUGUGUAUGAAGAUAGAAUUACUAUAAUUAGAUCAUCAUCAUUUGCUCACCCUCAUAUUUUCUUGCAAGUCCAUGAAAAGAAAAAACCAAAAAAAGAGGAAAUUAACAAAACUUCUGCUGGAAGAUGUAUAGUUUAUUGUGCAACACCUAAAAUUUGUGAAGACCUCAAAAUUUAUGUAACUAAUGAAAUUACAAAUUGUGAGAUUGGCCUUUAUCAUGGUAAUUUAUCUGGAGAGGAAAAACAUAUGUCAUUAAUGAAAUGGAAAACUGGAAAUACUAAAAUAAUCAUAGCAACAAAUGCUUUUGGAAUGGGUAUAAACACUUCAGAUGUAUACCUUAUAAUUCAUUUCAAUUUUCCUUUGAGCCUUGGCCAAUAUAUCCAAGAAAGUGGGAGAGCUGGGAGAGAUGGUUCACAAUCAAAAAGUAUUAUUUUAUAUUCAAAAAGUGACUUUAAAUUAUUAUAUGGAAUCAUUUCUGAAUCAAGAGAAGAUGCUGGAGAAAAUGAAACUUUGCAAAGGAGAAUUUAUCUUGAACAAGGACUCCAAAGCCUUUGUGAAAUAAUGUUUUUUUGUGAAGAAAAAUAUAAAUGCCUCCAACAAAAACUACUUAACUUUUAUGCAUGGUCAGCAGAUACU